CUGUACAGACAAACCACGUCACCUCUACUGCUACAUCUUAUUGUUUCAAGGAAUUAUUGUUUUCGAUACUGAGCAAUUUCCCUGUAAUAUCAUAGUUGCCGAGGAGACUGGGUUGAGAUUGCGUCUUUUAAGGGUCAUGAUUAUGUUGUAUCAACCCAUGUUUUCCAAGUCGUGUUAACCUGCAACUGGGUAUUGUUUCCAUUGUUUCCGCGUCGUUUCCACGUCGUUUCCACGUCGUAUGCUUUAUCGUAUGUUCACUUGCACCUGGGUCGUGAUUACGCCGUAUCGUUUCGUAUCCACGUCGUGAUCACGCCGUAUCGUUUCGUAUCCACGUCGUGAUUCCGCCAUAUCGUUUCGUAUCCAUUUCGUGAUUCCGCCGUAUCGUUUUAUCCACGUCGUGAUUCCGCCGUAUCGUUUCGUAUCCACGUAGUGGUUGCGUCGUUUCCAUUUUGCUAUGGGUCGUUAUAAACACCGUGACUUAGCCAAUCCACUUUUUUUUCUGCUUCGUGCCUACGUUUAAAUCUGGGCUCUUUUUCGACAUGUCACUCCGUUUCGAGGUUGUAGUUCUGUCAGAAUGCACAUUAAGAUUUGUCUGGCUUUUUCCAUUUUCGCAUGUCUCCUAGGUCAUUUUUUCUUGUAAAAAAGUGAUUUGUACGACUUGUUUAGUGUUUUGCCCUUUGAUAAGAUACCAAAUAGGAUUGUAAGAAACACCUGCAUGGUUAUUGCUAAAAAUAAAUGAUGGUAAAAAGAUAAGGGACGAGUUGCUGGGAAACAUGCCAAAUCUAAUGGUGUUUUGUAUUUAUGGUGAGAAGUCACUUUUCGCAGGUCAGGCUGGGGUCAGUCCAUGCAGAAUAAGAAAGAAAGAAAUGAAAAAAAGUAAAUAAAAAUAGACAGUAAUGCCUAAAGUAUACUUAAAGCGAGCAAAAUUUAAAAGGGGUAAAUCAGUUUUAAUAGGUUUUGCUAGACACCUGACAAAACAUGUUUUACACUGAAAAAAAAUUGCAUUUCUCUCACGCCUCGCUUCUGAUGGGAAAAUAGGUGAAAGGAAAACUGGAUUCAGAAAUGAUACGAUCUACCUGCAGUUUAAUUAGUUUUCUUUUUUGUCAAGAAUAAAGUAAGAAAUAGGAAUAGUAUAGGGACCCCUCCCCACCUUUUUCCUGAAUUCAAUCAAAACAUUUAUUCGAGAGUUUAUGUUUCAUCUAACGAAGAGAAUAAUGGUUAGUGUGUCAAUAUAAAUCGAAGUGAACUAACAAACCAGAUAGCUGUAUAGAUUUAAAAAGAGAACUUCUAAUACUCAAAAAGAAAUUAUUAGUUAGUCAUAAAGGAGUAUUUAGCGUUUUCUGAGAUAUCAAGUGUCUCAUUACACCGGAUUAACGUAAAGUCUGUCGAUCGCUCAAAUGAAAAACGUAAAUGAUCACCUGUUUUUAUUUUUCCGUUUUGUUAUUGGGUCUUUAAUGCUAUUUAACUAACACAAUCUAAAGGUCCUUUGACUUGUCUCAAAAGCUCCAGCAUACUACCGAACCUGCUAUUCUUUUCUCAAUUUUCUACGCUUUCUUUCGCUUUGAUUAAAGGACCAUCGAUUUUGCAAGUGUGUGUUUAUAAACGAUGGCGUUUUUUCAAACUGUCAAUUAAAUAAAGGAAGGCAAGUGUCAGCUCAUUGAUACCGUCAUACGUCAAUUCUUCGUGUUAUAAAGGGACCCGUUAUUGAAACUGAAGCACAUCUCUGGUCUAGCGAAUACAACAGAGACGCCUAGGUUCUCAAAGUCUUCAUUCAAGAGCUCUGAUAAGCAUGUCACGGCCAAACGCAACAGCGUCUGACUAUAUCUGCUACGGGAGCGUUUCGCCCUUUAAUAUAGGAGUGGUCGCAUUUUCUUUCGGUACGGGAUUGGUGACGACAUUAUCAAAUCUUCUCCUUUUGUGCGCGAUUUACAGAAACCCUCAGAGAAGUCUGCGUACACCCUCGGCCAUCCUGAUCACCAACCUGGUCAUCUCUGACUUCUUGACGGGGCUCGUGUAUUGUAACAUUGCCGGAACGUCGACCUACCUCCGUAUAACGGCCAACAAUUGCGGCCUCGAUGUACCCGGCGAUACACUAAUGGCGCUGUUUCUAUUCGUCAAUAACUUUACUAUCACAGCUAUGUCCAUCGACCGCCUUAUCGCCGUCACUUGGCCUCUGUCCUACCGAACCAUCGUCACCAACCAUCGCGUUCUCGUACUCAUCGCUUGUGUCUGGCCCAUGGCCGCUUUAAUGGCCUCCCCGAUUUUCAUCAACAGAAGUGUCAAAGAUUCUUUCGAGAAGUUCGUCUACCCCCAUACGCACAUUUCUAUCCCCCUUCUAUUCCUUACGAUUACGUAUAUCUACGUCUUUCAAAAGCUCAAGCGACAACGGGAACAUCUACAGCGCAACGAUGAACGCUCCGAGCAAAGUUUUUUAAGGAAGAAAAAACGAAUUGAGAGAGAUCGACGGUUAGCUUGGACCCUGAUUUUUGUGAUGUGUUCUUUCUGGUUAGCAGCGCUGCCAUAUUUCAUUGCGUUAAAACUCUUUAUUGGCCUGGAAAAAGGCAAUGACACAGCGCGGAAGUUCUGGCAGGUUGCGUCGCGAUUUGUCGUAAUUAAUUCGGCGUUGGACCCGUUGAUAUUAGCGACAAGGCUACCGAACAUCCGUGAGGCGGUGCGGAUUGUUCUCGGCAUACGGGGAAGUAGAGUAGGCGGGGCCAUCACGCGAUCUGUCACAAUGACUGACCACUCAGGAGAUGAGGUGCAGCAUUGAUAUGGUUUGCACGUGAUCCUCACGUGACACGUAGAAUGUGAGGGCGAACGCGUCAUGCUAGCGCGAACAAUGAAGUGCGGUUGAUCAAUGACAGAGUCAAUGUUGUAUUAUAUCGUUGAGGACUUCGUGUGAGAAAGCGAAGUUCGUGUGAGAUAGCUACUCACAUGAAAAGGAUAUUCAUUGACAAAUUAUUACAAAUAGAAUAAGUAUAAUACUGAAAACGAGACGAGUCUCACCUGGUAUUCACGUUAAAGCGAUAUUAAAAAACUAAUUAAAAGAAAAUGAUCACACUUCAGGCAAAGGAGAGGAUAAGUGACUACAUAUACAUACGUGCAAGAGAUACAUAAGACAAUAAGGAUAUUGGUUCUUGUAACAGGAACAAAUCAGUCAGAAGAAAAGAUUGCAACACACAACUAUGAACGUGAAGCUGUUACGUGAAGCAGUGAUUCACUAAUGACGCACACUUGCAAGCUCGUGCCACAGAGAGUGGGCUCGAACAAAGAAGAGAGAUAAUCGGACAUGAACAGCAAAUAGCGUGUAAUCCAUCGAAGGUAGCGUGCAUGUGCAAAUUCAUAAAUCAUAAGACGAGGAGGGAAGAGCAAGCAGCGUAAAAGACGUCACAAUUAAAAAGACAAUUCCUCCUUUCAAAGAAGAGGAGGGUAAACGUGAAGAGCACAAAGAGAAUUGAACGACACGCUGUCAGGAAAAGAGAAAGAAACUCAAAACUGUGUGAUGUGUAUUUGCUGCUGUGGUAUUGCUUAUAAGAUAAGGAAGAGAAUUUCAUAACAAAUGACAAAAAAUAAGAUAAGUUUAGCAACAUAAAAGACAUGUCAAGAACUAACUUCGAGUUAUCUGCGAAUGUGAACAGUAAAGAACUCUUGACAAAUAGUAUGUAUAAUAGAACGGAAGACAUAUCUCCUUAGAGCUAACAGAGAAACAAAGGGUAUUUGAAAAGGGCGGACCGUACGUGGCAUCACUCGGACUAUUAUCCGUGACAGACCCGCGUGAUAUCAACAAAACUAGCCACGUCAAGACGUGAUAUAAUUAAAAUGGAACAUUAAUCUGUGGGCGCCGUUAUUAAGCUUUAGGAAAUAAGGCACACGCACAUAUGUAGGUGAUUUGUUAGUUGUAUUACUGAUUUUAAUCAAAACUGUUUUAUUACGAGUUAAUGAUGAAAUUUUAUCGGCGCUAAUAAAUUUUUUGAUUGUCAGAGCAUCAUUUGAUAUUCCGGCACCUUAUUGUCUUUAUUUUCACGUUUUGGUCUAAACUUUCGGACUCUCAAAUGCGACAAAACAGAAAUCAAAGGCUCUGUGAGCCAACUCGUGAAUGCAAAUGUAUUUUCAUUAUUUUCUUGAGUGCAUAAAAUAUAUACACCAAGAACAGUAUAGUUAAUUAUUAUUAUAAAAAGUAAAAACAUAAAAUAAUUAAAAAAAUAGCGCUAUCAGUGCGGUUGCUGCGGUCGUAGACAAAUGUCCGUACCGCUAGACUAACAUCGCAUUACUGAGUCGGCGUGUAAGGGCGUGUAACUUAAAUUAGUUUUGCUACUAUUGAUAUCGUACGGAGCGAAAAGCUUUUUGCUAUCAUGUCAAAUUUCAGCAUAUUAUUUCCGGAAACAAAAUAAAAUGCCCGCAAUAAUUGAUCACGCUACAUACAAUGUGUUUAUGCAUGUUAACAUUAUAGAAAGGCGCAAAAUCGGUAUUCGAUUAAUAAACACAGAGUGUUUGUA